AUGCGAGGAGCUGUGGGGCUUACCCUGGCCCUGAUCGUGGUCGAAGACGACCGCUUCUCGGAGCACGUGAGAGACCUCGUGCUCUUCUACGUGGCGGGCAUCGCGGCCCUAACUCUCAUCAUCAACGGGUCGCUCUGCGGAUACCUCGUCUCCGCCUUGGGCCUCGACAGGCAUGUGUUGUCGACGACAGCGGAGACGGAGGUCUUCACGAAAGCGUGCUCGGCCAUCGAAGCUCGUCUUGAGCACAAGUUGGACCUUCUGAAAGGCGACCGGUUCCUCGGAGACGCGGACUGGGAGAUGGUUUGGCGAUAUCUCCCCGUGUCUACCUCCAAGAUGUACUGGCAUCGAAUAAGGCACGGCAACAUCAACCUCUCCGUGGAAGAAGAGGAAGAUAUCCACAUGAUACGGGACGGUAUUGUCAACGAGGCCGGUCUUCACGGAGUCUUGGCCUUCAGGGCUCACCAGGUACACAAGUGGUUCACGCGAAGGAUUCUGCGUCUCCGCGGAGGGGUGGGCUACUGCGACCUUCCCAGCAGGCUUCGCGUCACCUGGUACACCUACCACAAGGCGAGCGUCAAAUUUCACCAUUCAUCGGCAACAGGAGACGACAACCAGCACCGCAAGGACAUGGAGCUUCAACGCCUCAACGCGGAGCCGCGCAUGAUACUAGAGGCCGAGGCCUGGAGCAACCUCAACGCCGGAGACGAUCCAGACACAUUGCUCCACCCGAAUCAGACGCCAGUGUCGCACACCCUCCGCAAGCACCUGGACAACGUGGGGAUGCUAGGGUUUCAGGACGAGUCGGGGAUGAUGUCCGACUUCGGGCAGAGGGAGAUAGCCAAGCAUGCAGCGGGAGCGAAGUCUGGGACUCUGUUCGGGACUGACCGGGGCGGGGCAGAGGCGCUCCGCAUGGUGGAGGGAGUCAACAAGCUGAAGGAAGAGAGACGCCGAGCUCGGGAGGCGGUCGCUAAGGCGGAGGCUCGGCUAUCCCGACUCGACAAAGACAUGACCAUAUCCAGGCACAAGGGGUUGGAGGAAGACAUGAAGGAGGUAAUGAAACAAGCGAGGGAGGGGGGCAUGCUGGGGCACGCCUCCAUCCACGGAGGGGCUUGCUUCACCAACAGGAAGGGGACGCCCAGCGGCGGGGACAGCAGCCGGCCUUACGGCGGGGGGGAUGUCGACGACGAGAAGCGGCCGGAAUCAGACGACGAUGACGACGACGACAACGACGACGAUGACGUGGGAAUGCCCAUGGACGGCUCAACGCGCGGCAGCAGUAAGGGCGGCGGUGGCGGCGGCGGCGGCAGUAGUUCCUUCCGCAGUGGCAGCGGCCGUUUCAAGAGCAGCGGCGGUAGCUGGGACGUGGGCGGCGAUGGAGAUGAUGGGAGAGGGGGGGAGGAGGAGCAGGGCGAGGAGGAGGAGAAGGAGGAGGAAAAGGGGGGUGUUCAUGGGGACGGGCACGAGGUUAAGGCGAAGACGGAGGUCGCGCCGGAGUGGAAUCCGUACGAGGACUCGGACGACGACGACGGACCACUCCUUAAGAGUGAUACGAACAAACCGAGGCUCUCGAUGGGGCACCGUCGAAAGCGUUCGCGGGGCGGUCCACCAGGGGGCAGCACAGACGAAGGGGAAGGAGAAGGGGGGCGAACAGGCGGCUCGGCGAUCACGUCCGGAGCCUUGACGAUGGGAUCCAUGUCAGAGGCGAGGGUGCGAUUCCUGACGGCAGUCAAGGCUCACUUCACGGCGAGGUACCACCAGGGCUGGCUGUCGUCAAUGGGGCUCCGUGUCUUGAAGGAAAAUAUGGACUCUCAGCUUGACCACGACGAGCUGGAGAUGGACCAGUGGAGCCUCCUCUCCACCGCCUUCCGGCUUCCCACAAGCAUGGCGAUUCUCCGCAAGAUUCCUCUCGUUGGAAACUUGGUGGAGUCGUACAUGUACCGGAGGCUGAUGUUCAUCUUCGAGCUGGCCUCCAACUUCAUCUCCGCCCACGAGGACGUGGACAUCCUAGAGCUGCUUCACGAGGGGCCGGUGGCCUACCAGCUGGCGCUCGAGAAGAACCGGCAGCUGCAGGACGCCAGGAGCACGCUGUCCCAGCAGCUGCCGGUGUUCCCCGAGCUGGCCCGUUCGCUCAAGACUCGGGUUGCGGCGAAGUACAUGCUGGUGCAGCACCGAGAGGUUGUCCACGAGCUCUUCCACCAUGGACACAUCAACGACAGGGAGUCGGAAGGGCUCAUCGCCGAGAACAAUGCAGCGAGGGUGAAGCUGGAGUACCACCCUGCCGCCGACCAGAUUCCAGACAGGUUCACCCUUUUGAAGAACGUUCCCUUCCUGAGGUUCCUCACGGACGAGGAGAAGGCGGAGAUCAUCAACAACGAGAAGGCCUGCCAGGAGGAAUUCUACGGGUCCAACGUCGUGCUCAUGAACGCGAAGAUGAGCUUCGCCAGGGGGGCUCGCAGACAGGGCUGGUUCAGCGUCGUCAGGGGGGCCGUUCGUCAGGCGUCCAGUGCCAGCGGGUAG